CAGAUUUGCUCAAUUUUACCAAAAAUAUUCAUAGCAAAACUUGGCUGAAUAUAUAUUUAAAAUGGCCAGAUUUCCAGCUAAUAGCAAUUUUGAAAUUUGUCUAGCAAACGAAUACCUGAAAAUAGCCAAAUCUAGCUAUUAAAUAGAUAAGUUGGCAACAGUGGAUACAACUCUGCCAGCCAACAAAACAUUCAUAUAUAAAUAAUAAUAAAGCGCAGCUCACGGCCCCAAGGCGUCGCCAACAACAACGUCAACGCAAUGGGUUUUCCGCGAAUUCUGAGCAAAAACAACAAAAUAUAUACAAAACUUGGCGAGUUCUGUCUAUCCGGCGAUAGCUUCUGGAUCGUCUGUCACACUUGCCAGGAAGAGCUGCAAACGCAGGACGCAUUCUGGAAACACAUACAAGAUGAGCACAACUUUCUGCAUGGCGUGGCCAAGCAGGAGCACAGUCGCACCUCCAGCUACUGCUUGACGGAUGUUGAGGCAGCGGCUGCGACUGCCAGUGGCGCCACAACGGCGGCGACGGCGGGCAGUGUAACAGCAGUGACUGUGCCGCUGGCUUUGUACCACUGUGCCACCAAGUAUAGCGAGGAGGAGCAACGUGAAGUGGCGGCUGCAGUUGAGCUGCAUGAGGCACAACAACAACAGCAGCAGCAGCACCAACAGCAACAGCAACAACAGCAGCAACACCAACAGCAUCUGCAUCAACAGCAACAACAGCAGCGCGACGCCGCCAAGGAUAUGGCCGAGUUGCAUGCGGCUGCAGCAGCUGCGGCAGCGGCAGCAGUCGUCGGCGAUGGCAGCGCACGCAGCAACAGCGGCAUCGAUAUUAAAGUGGAGCCCAGCAGCUUGACGCUGCCGCCUGAAAUGCAGGCAGCGGCAGCGGCUGCAGCAGCGACGAACACCACAAUCUAUCAUUUGUCACAGGUGGUGCCCGCGCCGCCGCCACCACCGCCAACACCGAAUUUCGUCAGCGCUGGCGCCGGCACAUCCACAGGAACAACGCCACCGCAUGCAGGACUUGCUGGUGCAGGUGCAGGUGCCGUAGUCACAUCCAAUGCCAGUAAUCCGGUGAUGCAGCAGGCGUGCAACACGCUCAGCAUGACUGUGGCAGCGGUGGCAGCUGGUGCUGUCAUGCCGCUCACCUUGGCGGCGACGGCGGCGGGUCAAGAGUUGGCGCCAAAGGAUUCAAACAGCACGACGGCGAGUGCCAGCAGCGCUGUCUCCUCGGAUGAUGGCGAGCGUUGGUAUAUCUGCGAUUAUGGGGCAUGUGGACUCAAGUUCAAGUAUAAGUCGCGCAUGGAGCUGCAUCGUGUGGUGCACAGCAAGGAGCGUCGGUUCAAUUGUGAUAUGUGCAGCGCCUCCUUCAAGCAGUCCUGUAAUCUGUCCACGCAUCGCAAGAAGAAGCAUGCGAUGCGGGGCAUCAAGAGCGAUCUGUUGCCGCAGCGAUUCUAGGCGGCAGCUCAUCCGGAUUAUUAUCCAGUCUAUCCGCUCGCAUGGGCAGUGCAAGUUUUGUUUUAGUCUGUAGUUGUAGCAAUCCCCUACCACACUCCAUCAGCUCCCAAUCCCCCAUUCCCUCCUUCUUUGUUCCUCGUGUAAAUCACAGUCUUUUAAUUCACCCCUCAAUGUUAUACAUAUCGAUUUAAGUUUCUACUUUAUCAGGGGUGCCCCACAGAAAUCGAAACCAACCGAAAAUCUCUCAAAAAUCUCUAAAAAUGGAGUUUUGGGAGAUUAUCGGUUGCUUUCACUUUCUGUGGCACUCCCCUACUUUGUGUUUUACGCAUUGUUUUAGUCCCCCUUCCUCGCCUUCCUCCCCUGCUCCUCCUCCCCUUCCUCAUCAUCACGAUUAGACGUUUAGGCAGUGUAAAUGUUUAAGUGAGGUUAUGUUAACCUCAACCGGGCAUAGCUGGCAAGCAAAUUGGUGUACUUAACCGAUUUCAGACUAUGCUUUAAUGCGAGCAUACACACAUAUAUACAUAUGUACAUACACACAUAUGUAUGUGUAUACAUAUGUUACGAUCUAGAUAUACAUGCAAUUUUUAUGUAGUAGUUAAGAAGAAUCCGGGGAAGAAAGUUACCGUUUAAUUUAAGCUACGUAUUACUGUAAGCAGCCAUCUUAAAAAAACCAGUUUCAAAACCGUUAGUCAGUUGUUAGCAAUUGAAUAUAAAAAUAUAUACAUACACGUACAUAUGCCAACCCCAAACAAGCGAUCAAUCCAACAAAAAUGGCUAAAAUACAUACCUUAGAGAUUGUUCAGCUCAAA